AUGUCUUUGUCAGGUGAAGUGUUUUCUGGUGGUGCUACAACUUCUCAGCAUGUUGAAGCUCAAGAUGAUGAUCAUUUUGAAAACACAACAUUCAAGUUAAAGAGAACAAGAUCCAUGGGUUUAUUAGACGAAUUUAUUCCUGAAAAAUUAUCUCAACAACAACAAGAAAAUGCAUCAUUAAAUCCAACAAAUUCAGCUAUUUCAUCUUCAAGUUCAAGUUCUUCUACAUCUUUAAGUUCAUCAUUAUCCGAAGAUGCAACCACUCAGCAUCUAGAACAAGGUGCCGACAGUAACGCUGCAGAAGUAAACUAUUUGGAAAAUAAUAUACAAUCAAACCAAUCUACUUCGGAGUCACCUUCACCAUCACCUGUUGCAUCACCUACACCGAGUCCAGCAUUGGAUUUACAAUCUCCUGAAUUAAUUCCUCACGACGAUACUGAUUUAACAGUUGAACCUUCCCGCCAUGUGGACUAUUUAUCACAUCAAUGGGACGUUUCCGAUAUUUGGAAGUCAUGGCGAUAUGUCAUUUCAAAAAGAAAAGAUGUUGCCAAUGCGGCCAGAUUGGAAAAUGCUUCUUGGAGAACUUGGGCACAAAGAAGAUCAAAUUUAAAGACUAUUAGUCCUGAAGUGGUUAAUUGGUCUAAAGAUAGUGAUGUCACAUGGCUAUAUGGUCCUAUAUUGAAGGAUGAUGACCAUAUCAAUAACGAAAAUCAUGAAUCUGAUUCAGUGGAAACAACUGCAACAAGUUCAGUGGCGGGUGAUAUUUCCAUUGCUAAAAAAUGCACCCCAGCAGACGCACCAAAGCCUAUAUUGAAGAGAAGAACAGUAGAACAACUGAUGAUUAGUCAUUCGAACCUAUUGAAAUUACAAUUGGCCACACAACUUCAUCAAAAGAAACGUGAACAGAAGUUGAAGCAGGAAGAAGAAAUGAGAAGAGAACAACAAUCGAAACAUGCUGAUGAAUAUUUUGAUCCAGAGGCACUUCUGCACAAAUUGAACAGUCAGUAUAAGAAUAUCUCCAACACCAACAAUAGCAGUGUUGCCAGAUUACAAAAUUUGUUGAAAAACUCAAAUUCAUCAUCUACUUCAACUUUGAAACAAGAUGCCGAACAAGCUGUUGUGGUUCCUUCAUCUGAACAAAUUUCAAAAGAACAAGAAGAAGAAAGUCAGCCUUCUUCCAGUUCUCAAAUGUCAAAGAGUGAAAGACAUAUUCAUUUCAAUGAUGAAGUUAUGCAAUGUAUUGCUAUUGAAGAAUAUUCCGAUGAUGAGAAUGAAGAUGAUGAAUACGAUUCAGACGAAGAUUAUGAUGAUAAUUAUGACUAUUAUGACGAAGACGAAAGUUCAGGAAACCAACUUGCUCAAAGUCAGAUUUAUGAAGGCGAUGAUGAAUCAAUUGACGAUGAUGACGAAGAUACCGACGAUGAAGAUGAUGAAGAUGACGAAGAUGAAGAUGAUGGCGGGUUUUUCAUUAAAGUUCGUUCAAACUCUAAUGCGCCAACGAUUUCUGGUCAACAUUCGUCUGUUACUAGCAAUGAAAAUUCAAUUGUUCCAAUACGUUCAGAGAGUCAACAAACUGAAAUUUCUGUUGAUUCCGAGGCUUUAUCUACCACCAGUAGUAAGGCUUAUAAGACCAUUCAAUUGUUACCUUCAACUUCAAUCAACUAUGGUUCUGAUGAAUCGAGUGACGAAGAAAACCCAUAUACUUCAAGUCUUUCUCAUAAUGUGAAUAAUGAAAUCAGUAGAGGUUAUGACUAUUAUUAUGACUACAACACGGUGUAUACAUCCAAUCCUCACCAGGCAUUAUACGGAUCCUAUGAAAGCCCCGAUGUUAUUGAUGUUCCAGAGAAUCUUGACAUGGGAUCCAACUUUGAUUACGAAUUUAUUGAAAAUAACGAAACUGUACCAGUUAUUGACACGUCUAGCAGAAUCAACAAUUUACCUAUUUCCUACAGUCUGCCUUCUUCACCAAUAGCACAAGCAGUUCUCCCUGGGAAAAAUAUCACUGCUUAUUCCCCAACUUUUCCUAUCAUAAGUGAUACCCCACCCUCACAAGCAUCUGUAAAACCGUCUCCAUUCCAAAUGAGUGAUUCGGAAGAUGAUUCAGAAAGUGAAGAUGAAGUUCCGGGAUUAUCGAUUGGUACUAGAAGAUCAAGUCAAGCAUUGGCAGAACUGGUUUUCAAUGCUUCUUUAACUAGCUCAAAACCAGAGACACACCAAGAACCAACUCCACAACAUUUCCCAGAGAAUCAUGAUGCGGAACCGGUGAAUGAUCACAUAAGCAGUAUCAAUCCACGAUAUUCAUCCACUUCAAUUUCUAAGCAACCUACAAGUUCAAAUUCACUUUCCCAACUGUUUUUUGGUGCUGGUGGAUUAACCAACGCAGACAGAGAAUUGUCAAAACUGUUUUUGGGAGGUCUUGGUGUGGAUGAUAAUAAUGAGAAUAAAUCAAAUAGUUUUGGCAUGCUUCCACAAAGGGAAUACACUCCUUCUCCAGAUAACACAUUGAGCCGUUCCUUAUCUAACACCACGAAGAAAUCAUCUCCAUUGCCACCACACACAACAUCUGAAAAUGCAUUUAGAGGCAGUGGAUCACCAUCAAAACAAGAAUCACAAGUGCUGCAGUCACACCAGCAACUUCAAGAACAACAACAACAACCACAACAACAACAGCUGCUGGAACCACGUCGUGGCGGAUUUUUAUUUGAUGAUGAUUCAGAAGAUUCAGAAGAUGAAGGUAUGAUGAUUGGCGGUAGUGUUAAUAAUCGUGGCCAAAGCUAUAAUACAUUAAGUCAAGUGGCUGGAAAGAAUGGUAUUCAUAGUCCAAGUCCAACUAUUGGUUCUAAUACUGCUCAACAACAACAAGAUGAUAAUGAACAUAAAAAUUUGAUGGGUCAAGCUAAGGGAUUAGCAAAGCAUUUUUUUGGGUGA